AUGGCUGCACUACAACGUGUUCUUCAAUUGAGGGUCAGAGAAAGACAAAGACAGAGACGACCACGAAGUAGAUUGGUGACUUUAAAUGCCUUCGUCAGACAGCAUCAAAUCCCCUUGGAUAUCCUUGAUGACAUGGCUAUAAUUAGGCGAUACCGUCUGCCAAGAAGACAAAUAGCCCAACUGCUAAAUAGCAUUGGACCUCAGCUGAUGCGUGCCACCAGGAGAAAUUUUGCCUUGUCCCCUGAAGUCCAACUCCUAUCAGCCUUGAGAUUCUCUGCAACAGGCAGUUUUCUCCAGGUACUUGGUGAUGGGCUUGGACUAAGUAAGUCAUCAGUUUCAAGAGCUGUUCAAGCGGUCACCAAUGCAUUACUUCCACUUGCUGCAGAACACAUUAAAUUUCCAGCAUCAAGACAGGACAUCACAGAAAUACAACAGUAUUUUUUAACACAUCAUCACAUCCCACAGGUCAUUGGAGUGAUCAAUGGUACCUUGAUCCCGAUCCUUACACCAUCUGUGGAUGGCCAUGUAUAUAUAUGCCGAAAAGGCUAUGCAGCUAUCAACUGCCAGGUGAUCUGUGACCAUAAGGGUUUGAUCACAGACAUUGUGGCAAGGUGGCCCGACUCCUUCAUAUUCACCAAUUCAUCUGUGGGUCAGGAGGCAGAAAACUCACAGGGACAGUGGAGGCUGCUUGGGGACAGUGGUUACCCACUGAGGCCAUAUCUCUUCACGUCUGUGGCUAAUCCUAUGAAUAACAGGGAGACAAAUUUCAACGAGUCACACCGUGUUGCACGUAGUAUUGUGGAACGCACAAUAGGGAGGUGGAAGAUGCGCUUUCAGGCAAUUCACCAGUCCAGCGGUGGUCUUUUGCUUGCUCCACAAAAGUGCUGUGCAGUAAUAAUAGUAACAGCUAUGCUGCACAACAUUGCAGUGCAGAUGAGAGUGCUUUUACUAAACAGGGAGGAAGAUGAAGAGGUGGAGGAGAUGGAGGAGGUGGAGGACGAAGAUGGCAUGGGACCACAUGACCAACCAAGAAAUGCCCAAUACAUGGCUGGUUUUCAUGCACGUCAGCAAGUCAUUGACAGAUUUUUUGAAAUCAUCCCUAUUUUGGCCAGUCUUUGA